UUCUCUGUAUAAUCUAAACCAUCAAAAUUUCCGGCAACAGAUGAACAGAAGCUACCAAAGUUACUUCGUUAAAUUGUUCGACUGAAAAUCCAAACCUUAAAAAGCUCAAGAAUCAUGGCUCCAGUGACUCCCACCAGCUCUGAAACUGAACUGAUUUUGGUGGAAGAGAAGUCAUCUGCAAGAAUUUGGGUAUUGAACAGGCCUAAGCAGUUGAAUGCAUUGAAUUUUCCCAUGGUAUCUCGACUGCUGGAUCUUUUCCUAGAAACUGAGAAGGAUCUGAGUGUAAAGCUGAUUGUUUUGAAGGGAAUAGGAAGAGCAUUCUGUGCUGGAGGCGAUGUUGCAAAUGUGGUUCGUGAUAUUAGUCAAGGAAACUGGAGAUUAGGUGCACAUUUUUUCCGUACAGAAUUCACUUUGAACUAUUUGAUAGCAACAUACAGUAAGCCACAGGUUUCCAUUCUUAAUGGAAUUGUCAUGGGUGGAGGAGCGGGUGUUUCAAUCCAUGGUAGAUUCCGAGUUGCUACAGAGAAUUCGGUUUUCGCCAUGCCUGAAACUGCCUUGGGACUUUUCCCUGAUAUUGGUGCCUCUUAUUUCCUAUCAAAACUCCCUGGCUUCUUGGGAGAAUAUGUUGGCCUCACGGGUGCUAGGCUUGAUGGUGCUGAAAUGCUUGCCACUGGUCUAGCAACUCACUUUGUUCCAGCACAGAGAAUAUCAUCACUCGAAGAGGCACUCUAUAAAGCAAAUUCAAGUGAUCUCGGUAUUAUUUCUUCAAUCAUUAGUGAAUUCUCACAAGUGCCAACCUUGAAGGAGAAGAGCUUUUAUCAUAGGUUGACCAUCAUUAACAAGUCUUUUUCUCGAAGAACUGUCGAAGAUAUUAUAUCUACACUGGAGAGGGAGGCUGCUGGCAGCAAUGAUGAUUGGAUCUUAUCAACUAUCCAGUCACUGAAGAAAGCAUCCCCUACAAGUCUAAAGAUUUCAUUGAGAUCGAUUAGAGAAGGGAGGCUCCAAGGCGUUGGUAAAUGUCUUGUUCGUGAAUAUAGAAUGGUUUGCCAUGUCAUGAGGGGCGAAAUGAGCAAGGAUUUUUUUGAGGGAUGUCGAGCUAUAUUGCUGGAGAAGGACAGGAAUCCAAAGUGGCAACCUUCUAAGUUGGAGCUGGUUAGUGACAAGAUGGUUGACAGAUACUUCUCUAAGGUAGAUGAAGACGAUUGGGAAGAUCUGGAGCUCCCACCAAGAUCAAACUUGCCUUAUCAUGCCAUUGCAAAGCUCUAAAUAUGAUCCAAAGGAAAAUUCCCUUGAUUCUGUACAAUAAUCAUAGUAAUAACAUGUAGCAACAUGCCUCACAUUUUUCCAAGGGUAAUAUAAUAAUGCCUUGUGUUGUUGAGAGGCUUUCUUGAUGUAGAUCGGAAUUAUUCAUAAUAUUGUGAUUAGAGGUGUCAAUUUGGAUUGAGAUCCA